AUGAGUUAUGCAAAUAAUUUUCAAAGGGUAUUAUAUGCCUCUCGUUUUAUGAGAGUGUUUGGAAAAUUCAAAAGAGCACAAUUAAGAGAAAAGCCACAAAGAAAAAUCGGACCUUUUAGUAAUCCUGUAAAAAGAUUAGCAAGAUUAAAAGAAAAAGAAAGAUUAUUUUGUGAAAUAGGAAUGCCCCGUAUAAUACCAAGAGCAAAAACUGGAUAUAGCGAAAAAAUAUUAGAAGUUAUAAAACCUCCCAAUGUAAGAAAAGAAGUAUUGGAUAGACGGUUAGAAUUUUUAUUAUCAAAUGAAAGUGUAUACCAACAAAUGUAUAAUAAAAUGUAUAAUGGAAUAACUCCAUAUCAAUGUGAAUUAUAUAUGUGGGAAAGACAAAUGAAAGAUUUAAGAAAAAUAUAUAGAGCUCAAUAUUUACACAAACUAAGUGAAAUUACUAGUGAAGAAAGAAGUAAGCAAUUAAAAUUAUUAUUACAAACUAAAGAAGAUAAAAAAAAAAGAAGAGAAAUAAUUAGAAACCGUAUAUUAGAAGAUAAAAAAAGAAAAGCUAUAUUAAAAGAUCGCUUAUCACUAGAAAAAAAACUUACUCAAUCUAUCCUUUUUAGAAGGCAAUCGAAUAUAAAAAAAAAAAAUGUAUAUUGGCUAGUCAAAUUACAAAAAAAAAGUUUAUAUAUAAAUUCUGAGGAUUUAAAAAAAAAAAUACAUCAAACUGAUAGUGGUAAUAGUACAAAUUCUACUAGUGCUACGGUUAAUAGUAGUAUUAAUUACUGUGAUGAUGAAAAUUCCCUUUUCAAUCGAAAUAUAUCCACUAGCGAUUUAUAUAAAGAUUUAGGAUAUGAUGUAAAAGAUAAAAAUAAUAAUAAUGAUAAAAUUUAUAAGACAGACAAUAUUUAUAAAACUCUAUUAGAAGAAUCAUUCGAUUUUUUAGAAGAAGAUGAAGAUCAAUUCGAACAAAAUGAUUCAAAUGAUAAUCAGGGAGAUAUUCCACAUAAACAAAGAGCUCAUAUUUUAUAUUCUUCAUUCUCAAAUGAUGAAAAAAUUAAACUUCUUGAUGAUAAAAUAGCUAUACUUUCAAAAAUAAUUGAAGAGAAAUCCUAUUCUAAAGGUGUAGACAAUAAUAAUAUAAUGUUCUACAUACAACUAAAGGAUAAAUUAGAAGCAUCUAAACAAGCAUUUUUGGAAAAAAAAUACUUAAAAGAUAAAGAAAAAUUAAAUUAA